AUGCCGACCAAGAACGAGGAAAUACCGCCGUCCACCGUUCCGCAACUGCCAACAGAAAGCAAACCCGAAGAAUCGCAGGACAACAUCAAAAGCGACAAUGUCCCAGCGGCCCCAACCGCCACCUACUCGGCCUUCUCCCCGGCGAUACGCACCUACUUGACCUACCUGCUAGGCUUCAUCAUCACGCUCUCCACGCUGACCGCAACAAUCUACUUCCCGCUCAUCCCCCUCCUAGCCACACAAUUCCACACCUCAAUCCAAGCCGUCAACCUGACGGUGACGGCCUACGCGAUCGCACAAGCCCUCGCCCCGGCGCUCUUCGCGUCGCUCGCAGACCGCUUCGGCCGUCGCCCUGUGCUGCUCUUCCUCAUUUUCUUGUACGCCGCAGCCAGUCUGGGCCUGGCGCUCAACCGGACCAGCUACGCCGGGCUCGUCGCCCUGCGCGUGCUGCAGAGCAUCGGCGGGUCGCCCACCCCUGCCCUGGCCUACGGCAUCGUCGCGGAUGUGGCGCCCGUAGCCGAAAGGGGUGCCAUGUUGGGCCCGCUGCUGUCGACGUGCAACGCCAUCUCGGCCGUCGGCCCUGUCGUGGGAGGCGCGCUGGCGCUGGCGACGGCUGGGGCUGAGUGGGUGUUUGUGGCACUGCUGGUAGUGGCGGCUGUCUCGUUGCUGCUGGCUGGCUUUACGCUCCCCGAGACGGCGCGUGCGGUGGUUGGAAAUGGGGAGAAGGAGGUGGGCGGAGUGUGGGUGACCUGGUGGUCGUGGGGAAGGAAGAUGCUACACGCAACAGGGGAGAAGCACGUGGUGGGGAGGUCUCGAGAGGAGAAGGAGACGGAUUCAUCGGAAUCGCAGACUAGUCCAGAACAGCGCAGGGGUUGGAGUCUUCGGGAUGCCUUUGCCUCAUUUCGGAUCCUCCUGUAUAAGGACGCGUUUGCCGUGCUAUGGAUGGUGGCCUCGUCCUACUCGAUAUACUACACCUUCCAGGUGGCCAUUCCGGUCGUCUUCGAUGAGGUGUACGGCUACAACGAGCUGGAGAUUGGGCUCGUCUUUCUACCGGGCCUGGCAGGUAUGACCAUUGGAGGCAUCGUUGCCGGCAAAUUGGUUGACCGGAACUACGCCGUCACUGCAAGGAAGCAUGGGUUCGAGCUCAAGGACAAGGAGAAGCACGAUCUCUCCGAGUUUCCAAUCGAGGCGGCCAGAUAUCGACACUGUCUCGCCAUCAUCUUCGUCGAGGCGCUGCUUGUCGUCGGCUACGGCUGGGCUGUGCGCUUCCGCGUCCAUCCCGCCGUCCCCAUCACUCUGCAGUUCUUCGCCUGCGCUCUGUCGACACUGCUGAGUCACACGUCUAGCGCACUCUUGGUUGAUAUCUUCCCCAACACAUCGAGUUCCGCAUAUGCUUCCGGGCAGCUAAUGAGGUGCGGGCUGAGUGCCGCCUCCGCAGCCGUCAUCCAACCACUUGUCGACGCUGUGGGUCGGGGUUGCGUCACCUGCGCGGCCUCAGUUUUGGUGAGUCAAUGGAUGGGGAGAGCCUGGCGGCAGAAGAGGUUUGCGAGACGUCCCUGA